CCGGGGAAAUCAUCAGUCACAGGAGCGCCGCUGAAGGGAAUUCUUCAUAUUUAUAUCAUUAGAGCGUGUUUCUAGUGUCCUAUUUAUUUACCUAUUUUAUCAUUAUCAUUAUUAUUGGUCGUGUGAGGGGAGCCGUAUCUGUACAUCUGUGAGAAUUGGAAGGCGGAGAGCCAAGCAGCAGCAGCAGUACGAUCAGCAUCAGCCACACAGACUACAUCAGCUGUCCUCGUGAACACGCUUCUGGUCCAUCUUUUAUUAUCAGCAUGAACAAACAAGAGAUUGGAAAGUUUAAUAUUUCUCCGGAUGAGGACAGCGCCAGCUCCAACAGCAACGAUGAUUUCAAUUACCCGGAAUAUCCAGCGAAGAAGCUAUCCAUUAAAGGGCAUUAUGACAUGGAUCCAGAGAACCAAAAUUUCCUUCUUGAGCCUACUUUAACAAAGAAGAAAUGUGAGACUGAAUAUCUUCCAGGGACGACGUCCUUUGGCAUGUCAGUAUUUAACCUCAGUAACGCCAUUGUGGGAAGUGGAAUUCUAGGUCUAUCCUAUGCCAUGGCUAACACUGGCAUUGCACUAUUUAUGAUCCUAUUGACUUUUGUGUCAAUAUUCUCAAUCUAUUCCAUUCACCUACUGUUAAAGACAGCAAAUGAAGGAGGUUCUUUAUUGUAUGAGCAGCUGGGAUUUAAAGCAUUUGGCUUGUUUGGAAAACUUGCAGCCUCUGGAUCCAUAACAAUGCAGAAUAUUGGAGCAAUGUCAAGCUACCUCUACAUUGUGAAGUAUGAAUUGCCUCUUGUAAUUAAGGAACUGACCGGUGCAAAUCCCAAUGCUACUGAAUGGUACUUAAAUGGAGAUUAUUUGGUUGUAAUGGUUUCUAUAGGCCUCAUACUCCCGUUGUCACUACUAAGAAACUUGGGGUAUUUGGGCUACACAAGCGGCUUUUCACUGCUGUGCAUGGUGUUCUUCCUCAUUGUUGUUAUCUACAAGAAAUUUCAUAUCCCUUGCCCUCUAUUACUAGAAAAUGAUGCCCUCAACAUGACUUUAAACCACACGUUGACCCACUUGACCACAUAUUCCCCGAUGCAUAGUGUUGGGUUGAACGAGACCAUUGAUGAUGAAAUGUGCACCCCAAAAUACUUUGUUUAUAACUCUCAGACGGUAUAUGCUGUACCCAUCCUGACGUUCUCCUUUGUCUGUCACCCAGCUGUCCUUCCAAUUUAUCAGGAACUUAAAGGCCGAAGCCGUAAAAGAAUGAUGAAUGUUUCAAACGUGUCCUUUUUCGCUAUGUUUAUCAUGUAUCUCCUUGCUGCUCUCUUUGGAUAUUUGACUUUCUAUGGACGGGUUGAGCCAGAGUUGCUCCACACAUACUCCAAGGUUCCAGGAGCUGGCGUUAUAUUUGUCGUUGUGCGCCUGGCUGUUCUCAUGGCCGUCACCUUAACUGUUCCUAUUGUUAUUUUCCCAAUCCGUAGCUCCAUCAAUCAGCUGUUGUGCUCUGGAAAGGAGUUUGCAUGGUGGCGCCACAUCCUGAUCACGCUUGUCAUUCUAGCAUUCACCAAUUUCCUGGUCAUUUUUGUCCCAACCAUCAGAGAUAUCUUUGGAUUCAUUGGUGCCUCUGCUGCUGCUAUGCUGGUCUUUAUCCUGCCAUCAGCUUUUUACCUCAAGCUAGUGACAAAGGAAUCCAGUAGAUCAGUGCAGAAGAUUGGGGCUUCACUAUUCCUCAUCAGUGGCUUUGUGGUGAUGAUUGGAAGCAUGACCCUGAUUAUUCUUGACUGGAUCCACACUGCUUCUGACAAACACUAGAUGACUCGGUGAGCAAGUCCUUUCUUGAAGUGGAACUGUUCACUCCCAACCUUUCUACUGAGAAUGAAAUGUAACCAUUGCUUGCAGUUUCUUCCUUCAAGACACCCAUUCUUGUAGAACAAAAAGACUCUUGAGAGAUUAGUUCUACAUCUUGACAAGGACAAUGCCUUCUUUAUUCCAAAGGUUUUGGCAGAAGGAAGUAAUUUUAUUCCAUUCUGGAGAAUGGACACAAAAUCUAAACUUUAUUGAAGCCACAUGGUUGGUUGUUGUCAAUUAUUGUUACUCAUACUUGUAUGUUAUUACUUGAACGUGCCUACAGGAACCAUUUGAAGUGAGUAAAUGUUACACUGCAUAAGUGUUCAUCUGGUGGACGGGACGGAUCCCUCCCCUUUUUUUUGUACCAAAAAACUGCUCACCAAAUUGGACACACUUCUGAGGGGGAUCUACACAGAAACUGUGCUUAAAGAUCCCUUUACUGGUUUGCUACAGGUAUAUUUAAAAAUAGUCAGUAUUUUAGAAAAUAGUCACUUGAGCAUGGGAUACAGUGAGAGAGAAAUUGUAAAAGCAAGGCUGAACAAUGUUUUUACUGUCACCAGCUUACUGCUGGAAAGUGCAGUUUAUCUUCAUACUGAAAUGGCCUUUUUGAACAUGGAAAAAAUAAUAAUAAUUUGAAAGUCAAAAUACUGCUUUUAGUAUGGGCGUAAAAGACUUGAUCAAAUUAUUUUACCUGGUUAUUAUAAAAAAAAAAUAAUAGUUGACGGUCAAACCUUUACCGUGUUACUUGCGGGUAUUUUCUACGCAUGGUACAUACGUGGUGAGAUAUUUAAAUGGCUAAUUUAUUGAAGCCCAUGGCAGUUUACAUCGUGUAUAGUCGUUUUCAAUAUUUAAAAGCUUAAUUUAUAAAUGACUGAAUUACUUGAGCAACUUUUUUUUUUUUUUUUUUUCCUAAACAUGAACCACAGGUCCUGAAUUGUUUUGCUCACAAAAUGUUUACUGUGUACAUUUUUAGAAGGCAUGCUCUACAAUUCUGUAAGUGACACUGCCGAUACAGAAAGUUGUAGAAUUUGAAAAGCGCCAGCAAGCUGCAAGUCAUUAUAAAAUAUUUUAGUGUUUUUUUUUUUUUUUUUUCUUGCAUGUAGGAAUAAAAUGCAGAGGCAUAAAACCAAGUAUGUUACAUGCAAGACUAAACAGAUAUCCCAAAUUACAAAUUAAAGUAUACUUGUUUCCUACGCAGAAUGGAGGAAGUGCUUUGUGGAAGCAAUUUUUUUGUUCAGGAGCUGACUUGUGCAUUAGUGAUAUUACUAAUCCUUAUAAUAUAUUGAUACUUGCUACAGAUUUGGGAAGAUUUACUUAAAACUGGUGCAUGCAGAAUCUGGUGUAGCUGUGCAUAGUAACCAAUCAUCUUCUAGGUUUUAUUGGCCAAAGCUAACUGAGAAAGAUAAAGUUAGAAGCUGAUUGGUUACUAUGCACAGCUACACCAGUUUUAGUAAAUCUCCCUCAUUGCUUCCAUUCUGUAUAGGCAAUAUGUACACAACAAACUAGUGCAGCAAUAUAUCGCUAGUUUUAACAUAUAUUAUACAAUAGAUUGCAUAGCUAUUCACAUAAUUAACGCACAAUUGUACCAUACAAGUAUAAUUAUCAACUUGCGUACACAACAGAUAAAGCUGUUUCUGUAAACACUCUAGGUAUAUAUAUAUAUAAUUUUUUUAAAUAUUUAAUACUACAGGUGUAUAACCUGUGCAAAGUGUGAUAGUCCAAUACCUGCUAUUAAUAACCAAGAAAAAUAACAUUAACGCACAUCAUCAUCAUCAUCAUGCAGAUCUGUAUGUAGAUCGCCACUUCUGUCAUCUCAUUGUCUUCCACGGAUGAAUAUAUACUCUAACGUGCUAUUUGUAGAACAUUGACUCAUCGAAAAGCAAACUAUUUUUCAAUAUUUAUGAUAUAUGUAUAGAAGAACCGUGUAAAUAUAUAAAUAACCUGUAAAUAUUUCAGUUGUAGAUACAUUUUUAUUUCUUAAGUACGUUUACUGUCUUGAUCAUUGUUUUGAGAUGGUUUACACAAAGCAUUUAAGGGAACCCCUAACCUUAAAAAGAAGGGGUACGCAUCUUGUGACAUCAAUAAACCUACCGGUAGAGUUUUUUUUUUUUAAUUAUUCAGUAAUGCAGUGAAAGGGAAUUUAACGUUUGGGGGGAGGGAACUACUUCACAUCUCUACCUGUUCAUUUCGGUGACACGGGUUUUGUUUUACUAUACCGCUCUACUUUCCAACUUUUAGAGCUUUAAAAGCUUUCCCAGAGAGCGAGGAUCCUUUUGGAAAGAUGUGCAUUUAAGCCUUUAUUGAGUUCGGUCAGCUUUCAGCUGUUUUGGAAAGUAAAAGAUGUUUACAUAAGUUAAGGUAUAUAUGUAAGACACGUGUUGGAGAAGAAAUGGAAAAAGCAGAAUCCUACUCUACCUCCUGCUUAGUAACGUAUUACAGAAUGAGACCCAUGUGUAUGGCAUUUCUCCAUAAGAGUCAAUGAUCUCAUUGUCGGGUUUUGUUCAAUUGCCAUAACUCGUAUAGAAUUUCUUUUUUUUUUUUUUUUUUUAGUCCACUCUAAACCUACUAGCAGCCCAUCCUUGGCUGUAUUUGGCUAGCUGUCUGCAUUAUAAGAAACCUUUCACGUAAACAUCCUAUCCUGGCGUAGUAAUGCCAUAUUAAUAGGGGCUUUGUUUGUUUGAGCAAGGUAUAACUCAUCUUUUCUUAGUCUUUCUAAAGACGCAAACUAAACAUGUCCCCGUCUAACACACUGAAAGUUUUUAAACGGCAAAAAAAAA